AAUUAUUUACGUUUAUUUAAUCUGAGUUAUUUUAACAAAUAUUUCUUUUCAUCGGUUUUAAUUUUUGUGUGAGUUUUAAAAAUGAAUUCCGCUGAAGCCAACUGUUCACCAAAGUUCAAAAAUUUAAAAACUUCUGCUAGAAAUUCCCCUAAAGAAAUAAAGGAAAAGAUAAGAAAGAAUUAUAAAGAGAAAGUACAAAACUGUCGUGACAUAUUAUUAAACCGAUUUCGCGGAACAAAUAAAGAAGCGGACUUACAUAACACCCUGACAAAAAUGUAUCAGGACCUAUUUGGUUUCACUAGUUCAUCAUUAAUAAAUGAAGACGAAAUUGAAAUACUUGAAGAGAUAAGACAGGAAUUAGUGCAAGAAGAAGUCGAAUGGUGCCUGGAGGAAUAUGAAAAGUCAGAAAUGGAUAUUGACUGGUCUGCCCUCGAACAAGAAGACAAUGUAAUAUGUCCUCUUUGUCAAAGAACUAAUUUAACUCUUCAAAACAAUAACUUAUCUUGUCUAGUUUGUAACUAUUCAAUAAAUACCGAAAAAAAUCUAAUUGAGGUAAAAAAAGCCAUUAUAAACAGCUUAGAGAACCAUUGUUCAGUGUGCAGUAAAGAAUUUAUGUUUACGCUUAUGUGUGAAUUUAAUGAAAGUCACAUUUUUCUUAUUUGUAACAGUUGUACAGAAUUACAAAUUGUUGUGUAAAAUUUAAAAGCCUGAAAGGUCAUUCUAAUCAUU